GUAGUUUCUUAGCAUAAUGUGCGCAUGCUCUGUUUAGUCUGCGGUUUGUGUUUAUGUAUGUGUGUCUGUGUGUGUAUGCUUUCCUGUACGAGUUUACUGCGAUUUCGUAUAGCAUCCACCGCCAGAAUGGCUGCCGCAGCACCAAACCCAGAGGACUCCAACCGGACAGCUGGCGGCACAGGCACGGCCAGUGCCUUGGCUGCGGACGGGGAUUCGGAAGAGGCCGAGGAGUUCACUUCAUCCUCCCACUGCUCGGAGCUGUCUCGCCGGCAGAACGAGCAGAGGAAGCAGGGGCUCUUCUGCGACGUUACUCUGGCUUUUAGCAGUGGGGCGGCCACCGGGAGUGUGCAGUCAUGCGAAUUCUCCGCUCAUCGCUCAGUUUUGGCCGCGGCCACGGACUACUUCACGCCGCUCUUGGGAGGGCAGUUUUCAGAGUCACUGUCCGGUCGGGUGGAGAUGAAGGAAUGGAGCUCCGAGCUAGGGCCCGACCCAGAAACGGUGGAAAGCGUUAUUCAGUACAUGUACACAGGGGAAAUACGGGUCAGCACCUGCAACGUACACGAAGUGCUGGAGCUCGCAGACAGGUUCCUGCUGGUGCAGCUGAAGGACUUCUGUGGCGAGUUCCUGAAGAAGAAGCUGAACCUGACCAACUGCGUGGCGGUGCACAGCCUGGCGCACAUGUACACGCUGGACCAGCUGGCCCUGCGCGCCGCCGACAUGAUCCGCAGGAACUUCCACAAGGUGAUCCAGGACGAGGAGUUCUACACGCUGCCCUUCCACCUGGUGCGCGACUGGCUGUCCGACGCCGAGGUCACCGUGGAGUCCGAGGAGGCGCUCUUCGAGGCCGUGGUCAAGUGGGUCCAGCGGAACGAGGAGGACCGGAGCCGGUACUUCGAGGAGCUGUUCCGGCUGCUCCGGCUGCCCCAGAUCAAGCCCACCUACCUGACGCGGGUGGUGAAGACGGAGCGGCUGGUGGCCGCCAGCGAGGCCUGCCUCCUGCUGGUCUCCGAGGCCGUGGAGGGCCACGCCAUCCGCUUCGAGAACAUGAGGUCGGCCGACCUGGAGUUCUGGUCCUCGCACCUGGCCUCCUUCCAGCCGCGCUUCGGCCAGAACAUGGACGUGAUCAUGGUGGUGGGCGGGGUCUCGGAGGGCGGCGACUACCUGAGCGAGUGCGUGGGCUACUUCGUCCAGGAGGACCGCUGGGUCAACCUGCCGCACAUCCACAACCACCUGGACGGCCACGCCAUCGCCACCACCGAGUCGCACGUGUACGUGGCGGGCUCCAUGGAGCCCGGCUUCGCCAAGACGGUGGAGCGCUACAGCCCCAACCGCAACACCUGGGAGCAGGUGAGCAACCUGACCACGCGCAAGCACUCCUUCGGCCUCACCUGCAUCAAGGACGUCCUGUACAGCAUCGGCGGCCACGGCAACUUCAGCCCGGGCUUCAAGGACGUGAGCGUGUACGAGCCCGAGCAGGACAAGUGGCACAACCUGGAGUCGGCGCCCAAGAUCCUGCGGGACGUGAAGGCGGUCAGCGUGGAGGACCGCUACGUCUACGUGACGGCCCGCACGCCGGUGGACACCGACAACGACGACGGGCUGAAGACGGUCACCACGCGCUACGACACCGAGAGCCGCCAGUGGCAGGACGUGGACUCGCUGCCGCUCAUCGACAACUACUGCGCCUUCCAGAUGGCCGUGGCCGCCACCAACUUCUUCCACACGGCGUCCUGCUGCCCCCGGAGCUACGCCGUGCGCGACGAGGUGGCCCGGCAGAAGAUCAGCGCCCGCGUCUCCGACGAGAUCCUGGAGAGCCUGCCGCCAGAGGUGACCGGCGUGGAGGGGGCCGCCGUCUGCUACCUGGGGGACGACGUGUUCGUCAUCGGCGGCUGGAAGAACAGCGACGACGUGGACAAGCAGUACCGCAAGGAGGCGUACCGCUACUGCGGCGAGAGGAAGCGCUGGACGCUGCUGCCUCCCAUGCCCCAGCCGCGGUGCCGCGCCACCGCCUGCCACGUGCGCAUCCCCUACCGCUUCCUGUACGGCUGCCAGCGCUACCCCAUGCCUCAGAACCUGGCGCGCCAGCGCGACCGCAUGCAGCAGAUGCAGCAGCUGCACCGCCGCACGCUCACCCUGCGCCGCCAGCUGCAGUCGCAGAUCGAGUGCUGAGUCCCGCCCCUACACGGGGGGGGGGCAUGGGUCCUGGCCCCGCCCUCGUUCCUGGCCCCGCCCCUGUCCUCACUCCUGGCCCCGCCCCUGCCC